AGACACACCCCAGGUUCAGCCCUUCCCGGUCCAGCACGUACAGUGCUGCAGGGAGCCACUUCUUCAUUCAGUACGGGACGGGGAGCUUGUCCGGAGUCAUCGGAGCCGACCAGGUCUCUGUGGAAGGGCUGACUGUGGUCGGCCAGCAGUUUGGAGAGAGUGUCACGGAGCCUGGCCAGACCUUUGUGGACGCAGAGUUCGAUGGCAUUCUGGGCCUGGGGUACCCCUCCUUGGCUGUUGGAGGGGUGACUCCAGUGUUCGACAACAUGAUGGCCCAGAACCUGGUGGACGUACCCAUGUUUUCUGUCUACAUGAGCAG